AUGCACCAACCCCGCCUAGCAGAUUUCUUCGAAGAAUUCACCCGCCCUCACACAUCAACCGCCGCAGCAAGCAACCCUCAAGCCCUAAACCAACCAACUCAAGGCCCAAACGCCGUAACCUACGGCUCGUCCUCGCCCGCCUCAAUCCCAUCUUUCCUCCCCAUUGAAGACAUCUACGUCGCCCCACAGCACCAGCCUCCGAACCCGGAAGACGAGGACGACGUCGUACCGGACCAGCAUGCUGCAUUUGGAAUUACGCGCGCGAUGGACCGACGACGGGUUGCUAUUUGGAGUGAUCUCGGUCUUGAGGCGCUUGUAAAUGGGCAAGGACAUGGUGGGAGUUCCAUGGCUGCGGCGGGGCCUAGUGUUGGCGCUGGGUCGGGGCCUGGGGCUACGCUUAGAGAGAGUGCCGGGGGUGCGGCUUCGGCGACGGCGCCGGCUGUUAGGGUUAGGAGUGCUGGGAGGAAGAUGGGUGGGAGGAGGGUGGUUUGUUUGCGAUGA